UUUCUUCUGUUAUACAAUGAUUUAGUUUGGUUAAUGUAUUCAUUAGAAAAUCCAAUUAUAAGUAUUCUGUUUUGGGGUCAGUAAUUGUUUUUCUUUUGUAAAAUAAAAAAAUAUACUAUUGGCAUUGCUAGGUUAUUAAAGUUCAAAUUUUUGUAAAGUAGCUACAAAUUAUUAAAUCUUUGAUUCUGUUUAGCUUUGUAAGUCUUAAGUGCAUAGAAUAGGAGCAUUUUUUUUGUUUGUUUUUGUUUUGUAAAAUUUAUGAACUUACACAGUAAUUUCUUUAGGUUGAGAAAUGAGAAUUUGUAAGAAAACCAGCAAUCACAAUCUCUAUGUCUACUUGGGAGAAAAUAUUUACGCCACAUAGUCCAUAUUUUGAGUUUGUUACCUGGUUUAGCCCAUAUUUGUUGCUACCCUGUUUAGCCCUUUGUUGGGAAAAUUAUGCUCCAAGUAUACUGCGAGAAAUUAGUUACGCCACGUAGCCCAUAUUUCGAGUUUGUUACCCGGUUUUGCCCAUAUUUGUUGUUACCCUGUUUAGCCCUUUGUUGGUAAAAUUAUGCUCUAUGUAUACUGCGAGAAAAUAUUUAUACCACGUAGCCCAUAUUUUGAGUUUGUUUCCCGGUUGAGCCCAUAUUUUGAGUCUGUUACCCGGUUUAGCCCAUAUUUGGGUAUAAACACCUUUUAUACAAGAUUGAUAUAUUAUGUAUAAUGCUUUUCCCCUAGGUAUAAUGUGGUAUAAUGGGCUACGCGGCAUAAUAUUUUAUGUUGGGAUGUAUAUUUUUGAAAAUUUCCCACAACAAUUUGAUUAGCGCAAUAAAGAAUAUCUACAAUUACCAUUGAAUUUAUAUUGUAUGCAUUCUCAUGUGCAUUUUGAAUUCUAUUGCUUGAAUAACUAGGUAGGGGUAAGGCAUGCGUACAACCAACCCUCCACAGACCCCACUUGUUGGAUUACAUUAGGUAUGUUGUUGUUGUUGAAUAACUAGUGGUCUCACUGCAGACAACUUGCAUAAAGUUUCGCUUUUUCCCCAAUUUUUUCUGUCCAAGCAAAUGCAUAAAUAGUUUAGGGUUUAUGUUUUGGUGUUCAAGGCUGGCAGCUGUAGGUUGUGUAUUAGUCUCUCUUUCUCUUCUAUCUGUUUGCCGUAAAACUAGCUUAUAUUGUUAUAUGUAGAUUCUUAGUUCUGAUUAUACACUUCCAAUAUAUCGUUCAAAUUACGAUAUGCAUUCGUAAGAAACCAGUAAUGAUCAUUUGUUUAGUGCGAAAAGCAUCUCUACAACUAGCAUUGAAUUAAUACUGUACACAUUCUCUCCUGUACAUUUUUCUGAAUAGAAGGUCAGUUCAAAUUCUAUAGCUUGAAUCCUUAACUAGUGGUCACACAGUAGACAACUUGCAUGAAAUUUCCCCUCUUUUACGCAAUUAUUUUUCUCCAAAUAAAUAAGUAAAUAGUUUAGAGUUUAUUUUUUGAUGUUCCAAGGCUAGCUGCUGUAUGCUGUGACGCUGUGUAUCUGUCUCUCUUUUCUUCUUUCUGUUUCCCCUAUUACUAGCUUCUCUAUUGCUGUAUGCAUAUAAUAGUUCUUAGUGCUGAUUAUAAUCCUCACACUUCAAUAUUUCGUCUAAAUUACAGAAUCUUGGUGGGUUUUGCAUAAAGCUAUUAGAAACCAUUAACAGCAACACCAGAGGCAAAGAUGAAGUUGGAUGUUAACGUUUUGAGAUACCUUUCCAAAGAGGAUUUCAGGGUCCUCACUGCCGUUGAGAUGGGCAUGCGCAAUCAUGAAAUUGUACCUUGUGAGCUUAUUGACCGUAUUGCUCGCCUCAAACAUGGAGGCACAUAUAAAGUGUUGAAGAAUUUGCUAAAGCACAAAUUAGUGCAUCAUGACUCUUCUAAAUAUGAUGGUUUUCGACUUACCUAUCUUGGUUAUGAUUUCCUUGCGAUAAAAACUUUGGUUAAUCGUGGGGUAUUUAAUGGAGUGGGUCGUCAACUUGGUGUUGGAAAAGAGUCUGAUAUUUUUGAGGUUAUAAAGGAAGAUGGCACAGUUCUUGCGAUGAAGUUGCACAGGCUCGGUAGGGUUUCUUUUAGGGCAGUCAAAGCAAAGCGUGAUUACUUGAGGCAUCGCAGUAGCUACAAUUGGCUGUACUUAUCGCGACUUGCUGCCUUGAAAGAGUUUGCUUUUAUGAAGGCACUAGAAGAACAUGGAUUCCCUGUUCCUCAAGCUGUGGACUGCAAUCGACAUUGUGUGAUUAUGUCACUUGUCCCAGGCUACCCACUUGUGCAGGUUAAGGAGCUGCAAAACCCAGAUGUGGUUUUUGAAACAAUCAUUGGUGCUGUUACACGUUUCGCCGAACAUGGGCUUAUUCACUGUGACUUUAAUGAAUUUAACAUAAUGAUUGAUGAUGAUGAAAAGGUCACCAUUAUUGAUUUCCCACAAAUGGUGUCAGUCUCUCAUCCUAAUGCCCAAAUGUAUUUUGAUCGUGAUGUGGAGUGCAUCUAUAAGUUCUUUGCAAAGCGGUACAAUAUGUCAUUUGAAGAAAAUGAAAAUGAUUGUGAUGGUCCGGACGUUGAGAUAGAUGAAGUUGGUCGGCCCCAGUUUUCUGAAAUAAAUAAAAAUAUCGGUUUCUUGGACAAAGAACUUGCUGCCAGCGGUUUUACAAAAAAAGAUCAACAUGAGCUUGAAAAGUUGAUUGAGGGGGAACUUGAAGAGAAUUCAGAUUCUGAUGAAGAAGAAGACGAAGAAGAUGAAGAAAACAUAAACAACACAAAUGUCAAGCAGCUCGAGUCCUUGCACUUGGAGAAGGAGGACGAUAAACAUCAAGUUGUGGAUGAGCAUGACGAUAAUGAUCAAGUUGGGGAUAAGGAGGAUGACCAUGAGGACAAGGGAGAGGAAUCCGAGUCUGAAGAUGAUGCUGAACUAGAGAAGAGCCUGAGCAAGGAGAGGAGGAAGGCUAUUAAAGCUGCUCAUCGGGGAAAGAGGAACUUUGCCUCUAGGAAUACAUACAAGGACAAAGGUGGAAAAUCCUCGCAGAAUUCAAAAGUCCAGAAGCAAUUAAGUGGCUGGUGAAGUACAGGAAAUGGAUGAGUCGCACACUGGUAAAGAAUAUGGCCACUAUUCAGUGUCUGUUGAAGGCCAAUUGACGGAAUUUCUUUGGCGCUAAGGUAUUGAAGGGAAUAUUAUAGAGGGGAGCUAUCACUAAGGCGCUGAAUAAUACAGUUUUGACUUGGAAUAUGAUAUGCGUUGUCCGAAAUGUCUGUCUUGUAUAUUUAAAAUUUUGGUAGCAUGUUCGGCAGAACAUCAAGGCUUAAAGAUUGUUAGUGUACUUGUUAUUUACUAAAGAUUAUAAAUCAGAAACAGUUAUGUAGGUGUGAAGAACUACUUGGAUAUUCUAUUGUUGGUCAUACUUAUGCUAUUUAAAUGCUGAAGGGGAUCUUUUCUUUUU